AUGAUGUGGACCUUUCUGGGAAUUGCCUCCUUUAUCUACGUGUAUAAAAAGUGUGGAGACUUCAUGACUUACGCUAAUAAGGAGGUGCUGCUCUCCGUGUUAGUGUUUUUCUCCCUCGGCUUGCUGCUGUCCUACAGGUACCACUUCAGGGGGCCCAGGCAGCGGCAGCAGCAGCGGCAGAAAUCACAGCUGGGGAUGCUCUCUGAUGUUCUCUCAGCUCUGCCGCUUGUUGGCUUCUUCUGGGCCAAACCCACCCCAGGAUCUCAACAAGUUGGACAACCCAAAUCCAGAAAGGGUAAAAGAGAAGUAAACUUCUCAGAUGUAUAUCUGACAGAGACUGCUCUAAAUACAACAUUAUCACCCCAAUGCGAUCCAGAAAUUAUCAUUGUGGGAUCAGGUGUCCUUGGCUCUUCCUUGGCCACGGUGCUCUCAAGGGAUGGAAGAAAGGUGACUGUGAUAGAGAGGGAUCUGAAAGAACCUGACAGGAUAGUUGGAGAAUUGUUGCAACCUGGAGGAUUUAAUGCUCUUCGAGACUUGGGUCUUGAAGAUACAGUGGAAGGUAUUGAUUCCCAAAUAGUAAAUGGUUACAUAAUUCAUGACCUAGAGAGCAAGUCAGAGGUUGAAAUUCCUUAUCCAACAUCUGAAGAUGGCCAUGUGGCCAGUGGAAGAUCUUUCCAUCAUGGCCAGUUCAUCAUGGGUCUCCGAAGAGCAGCUAUGGCAGAGCCCAAUGCAAAAUUCAUUGAGGGGACUGUGUUACAGCUGCUUGAGGAAGAUGACUGUGUCGUGGGCGUUCAGUACAAGGACAAAGAAACUGGAGAUACUAAAGAACUUCACGCACCACUUACAGUUGUAGCUGAUGGACUUUUCUCCAAGUUCCGGAAAACCUUGGUAUCCAGCAAAGUUACUAUUUCAUCCCAUUUCGUUGGUUGCAUUUUGAAGGAUGCACCACAGUUUAAAGCUAAUUAUGCUGAGCUUGUUUUAGCUAAAACUAGUCCAGUGCUAAUCUAUAAGAUUUCUUCAACUGAGACUCGGGUCCUGGUUGAUAUUCGAGGGGAAAUGCCAAAAAAUUUAAAAGAAUACAUGAUUGAGAACAUUCAUCCACAACUACCUG